UGAGUGGCUCAGUUGGUUAAGCAGCUGCCUUCGGCUCAGGUCAUGAUCCCAGCGUCCUGGGAUCAGUCCCACAUCGGGCUCCUUGCUCUGCAGGGAGCCUGCUUCUCCCUCUGACUCUGCCUUCCACUCUGUCUGCCUAUGCUCCCUCUCGCUCGCUCUCUCUCUGACAAAUAAAUAAAUAAAAUCUUAAAAAAAAAAAAAAAAAACACCUCUUUUAUGUUGCAUUAGAAACAGCUUAAAAUAGGCUCUUUUUUUUCUUACAGUCUUAAAUAAUGAACUUUAGCCAUGCGUAGAUUUUAGCUAUGGUCCUCUUAGGACCAUCACUAUUUGAAAAGACAAAUAUUUGAGUUUUUUAAAAAUAUAUUUUUAUUUAUUUAUUGGACAGACACAGAGUGAGAGAGGGAACACAAACAGGGGGAGUAGGAGAGGGAGAAGCAAGCCUCCCACUUCCCGCUGAGCAAGGCCCCAACGAGGGUAGGGGGUGGGUGGUGGGUGGAGUAGUGUGGCUCAAUCCCAGAACCCCGGGAUCACGACCCGAGCUGAAGGUAGACAGACGCCCAACGACUGAGCCAUCCAGGCGCCCCAAAUAUUUUUUUUAUAAGAAAACAAGGAUAGGAAGCUUGGGAGAGAGGAAUAAGAUUAGGCUUGGUGCUCAGAUGGCCUCUUAACUCAUGCUGUGCCCUGCAGCCACAGUCCCCAAACCAGCCUCAUCCACCCAGAGCCUGCUCUCCUGACUCCCUGUUGCCAACGCCCCUCUUUGCAAAGAAAGCCCUAAAAACUGCAAGCCCUCAGAUCAUGGGAUUUCCCGUUUACGUUGUGACUUUCCUCCCCUAAAAGACACUGCAUCCACCCUUUUCACACCCGGGACCGGCUUUGGAAACAUCAGGGAGCGGCGGUCUGCAGAGGAACACCGGUUCCGGCGAGGUCGGGGUGGCAGGAAGUCCCGCCCCACGGAAGUGGGCCCGUCGCGUUGGGCGGGAAACCGAGUCGAGCGUCGCUGUAGGCUGGCGGCGAGGGAGAAAGGGCGGAAACACAGCGCGCUGCGACUUGAGGGUAAAGGUCACGGCCUCUGCUCCCUGAGCGUUCAGAUCCUGCCUCGGUCCCGCCCCGGAACCAGGCUGUGGCCUCCUGUGGAAGGUCGGCCGCCGCGGGUAGGCCUGGUUCCGCCCUCACACCGGCUGGGAUGCGGGACUCGCGGCUAUUACCCUUCCCGCUGACUUGAGGGGGUGGAUUGAGCUGGCGGGAACGGGUCUUCGUGAGGAGCAACGGACCCGGCUGCAGUCCCCACAGCACCUGGUGGCAGAAAGAGAAUUGUCACGUACCAUGUAGUCCGGCGUGUGGAGCCCACAGAAGUUUCCAACCCCGAUUAUACUUGAGAAUCCCCCCUGGUCUCUCGCCGGAUUCUGGAGUAUGGGAGGGAUGGGGAGCCAGUCGUGGGGCCCUUUAUCAGACGGGGGGGCCGGGCAGCGUGGGCUGCAGCACUUGAGGGGCGCCAUCUCGCAGCUGGUGAAUCGCAGGGACCCGGCGUGUCUUGCGCCUUUAACCAGCAUCCCGUCCUUGGCAGGAGCUGGAGAGCCCUGGUCUGAGAAGAGAGGGCCUGGGGAAGACCUCUGUUCUUCAAAAGGCGAUCUCCCAGCCCUGUAGGUGAAAUAUAAGGAAAAAGAAUACAGAUGAGCAUGGCAAGUGAGGACACAAAGAACAUACAAGAAAUGAAGACUGACCUGAACUUAUUAUUGGAGUGCCUGAAGUAUCAAAUGGACAACCCUUUCUCACAAAAGGAAGCUUUGGUUACUAUUUUUUCAAUUUGUCAACAAAACAGUAAUGCAGGUGUUUAUUUUCGGGAAAUUGGUGGUUUGAUGUUUGUAAAAAACCUUGCAAAGUCAAGUAAACAUAGCAUGGUAAAAGAAGCAGCCUUAUACACAUUAGGAGCUGUUGCAGAACAAAAUGUUUAUUGUCAGCAGACUUUAUGCACUUCAGAAUUGUUUGAAGACUUAACUUGGUUCUUAUCUAAUGAUGAUUCAAACACAAAUUUGAAAAGAAUGUCUGUCUAUGUUAUUUUGGUUCUAGUUUCAAAUAAUAGGACAGGACAAACACUUGUAAGAGAAACAGGUUGUAUUACAGUUCUGACACAGUUGUUCAGGACAGUUCUUUCAAAAUAUGAGUUGAAUUUGUUGGAUGAAAAUGCAUUCCAGAGCUAUCAGUUAUGGUCUUCGGUUUGUAGUACUUUGUGUGUCUGUGUCAACAAUCCUCAAAAUGAUGAAAAUCAAAUGCUUUGCUGUUCACUUUUUCCACAUGCUAAUGACUGGCUAAUAAAUUGCGUCAAACCUGAGAUAAUUCGCCCUGUUUGCUCAUUUAUUGGACUCACUCUUGCAAAUAACACAUAUGUUCAGAAAUACUUUAUAUCUGUGGGUGGACUGGAUGUGUUGUCUCAAGUUCUUGUGCAACUGGAAUCAGAUUCACACAAGACUCUUUCCAGUGCUAAGCUUGCAGUCGUGGUGACAAAGACAGUGGAUGCGUGUAUUGCUGAUAAUCCUACUUUUGGAGUAAUACUAUCCAAGUAUCAUAUUGUUUCAAAACUUCUGACAUUACUGCUUCAUGAAAGUCUGGAUUCAGGAGAAAAAUUUAGCAUCAUACUUACUCUUGGUCAUUGCACAGAAGAUUGUGAGGAGAAUCAGUAUGAUCUUUUUAAAAACAAUGGGCUUCCACUCAUGAUACAAGCCUUAACUGAAUCGCAGAGUGAAGAACUAAACAAAGCUGCCACUUUUGUGCUUCACAAUUGUAAAAAAAUUACUGAGAAAUUAUCUCUAAGUCUAGGAGAAUAUUCUUUUGAUGAAAAUGAAGAACAAUUAAAAGACAUAAAUAUGAAAGAGAAGAAUCUUGAAGAGUACUGGAAGAAAGCAAAGGAAAUUCUACACAGAAUAGAACAGCUUGAAAGAGAAAGAAAUGAGGAAAAACUACAAAGAGAAAAAGAUAAGCAUAAUGUUUCAUCUAUGAACAUAAAUAUUCAAAAUACAUUGAAACACCUCCAUGCCGAUAGUAUUGGCAGAGGUCCUACAGCAGAAGAUAAAGAUAAAAGCAAGUCUAGAAAGCUUCAGAGUUACCAAUCCCAUGGACUUCUGUCUACAGCAUGUACAAAUGAUCACCAAAUGAAGACCGUGUUAAAGAGUGCAAAUCCAGUUACUGCUUGUUAUAGGGAGAGUGGGCAAAAUAAGAAUUUAUGUAAAGCCAAUUCAAGCUAUAAUCAAAAUCUACAGGAAGGAACAACUUUUGAAAAAAAGAAUUCUGUUUCUCAAUCAAGUGACCGUGUUUUUAAACAUCCAGUUCCCGUUGUCAAAAAUAGAAAGCAGCAGUUACCAGUAACAGAUCCAUUUACAUUAUGUUCAGAUAUAAUAAAUAAAGAAGUCAUCAGUUUUCUAGCAAGUAACAAUCAUUCCAAAAUGUUAAAGUACAGAUGCUCAGGUUGCAUAGCAGUAGGAAAAUCCCUGAAUAGCCGAAAUUUUAGCAAGCUCUUGCACUCUUGCCCAUACCAAUGUGAUCGUCAUAAAGUCAUUGUGGAAGCUGAAGACAGAUAUAAAAGUGAACUAAGGAAAUCACUUAUCUGUAACAAAAAAAUUCUGCUGACCCCACGUAGAAGACGACAACUCAGUCAUGAAUCUACUGCCUCUGGAGAAAUAAAAAAAAGAAGAAUUCGUAAAAACUUUACUGAAGAAGAAAUAAAUUACCUUUUCAAUGGAGUUAAGAAAAUGGGAAAUCACUGGAAUUUAAUUUUGUGGUCUUUCCCCUUUCAGCAAGGACGGAAGGCUGUGGACCUUGCUCACAAAUACCACAAGCUGACCAAACGUCCCGAGUAUGCAGCUCCUUGAUCGGAAUACUUGCCAGUUUUUAGUUUCAACGCUUAAAAUACAAUGUCUUGAGAAAACACAAUUUAAAAUACUCUUCUAAACUCUCAUGAAGCAGGAAAUCUGAAAACAGGAAUACUGUUUUAAUUACAUACUUUUUGUGAUGCUCUAUCUCAUCAAAUUAUUAAAGUAAUUUAUAAAACAAA